AUGUGCGAAGGUACAAUCACCAGCCUAAGAUGCGGCCACACGCUCGUCCACUUUUCGCGCCGGUGUGAGCAGGGCUGUAUGGAACCCUCUGAGGCUCCUCCAGGCUCAGAGCUUCACCUCUCGCUGGACGAUACGUGCUCGCGGUGUCACAUCUGGCACAGCACAGAAACCAUCAACGCCCACUACGACCGCCAGCGCGACGAGCUUACCAAGCAAUAUCGCCUCGCCGAGCCAACCUCCAAAGAGGCACGCGCGCUUGUGCGUCUCAUCGGCCGCCUGCACACGCAGCAGGUCGAGGCCUUAUCCCGCGCCACUCGCAGUGGCCUGCGCCAUGGUGCACUGGACGUUAAAUGGCCCGGGAAGACCGAGGAAGAACCAUUUGUGCCUCGCAGAAAGUCAAUUGUCCAUGGACGGAAUAUGUUUGUCACCGUAAAAUGGACUUCGGACGAUGAAACCAACUAG